AUGAACGUACAGGAUCUUGAGAUUCCACAGCCACCGUUUAGUCCCCAUAACCCAAUGCAUGAUAUUGAUAUAUCUACAAAUGGCGUAGAGAAACUCCUUAAAUACCUUGACCCCCACAAGGCUGCAGACAAAUCGGGAAAGAAGGCAGAAGCUACUGACAUAUGGAAAAUAAUGAUUGAAGUUCUCCAGAACUGUAGAUUUAUGGUGUUCUUUGUAUCUAGCGUAACUACGUUCACUGUUGUAUUUUGUCCUGCGACAUUCCUACCGGAUUUGAUGCGAGAUGCCCGAUAUAAUCUCCAAGAAAUAUCCUGGUGUGUCAUGAUAAUGGGUUUCGGAAAUUUAAUUGGUCGCCUAAUAAAUGGUACCUUUGCAUCUAAAUUCAACAACCACGUGCCGUGGAUCCAUGGAAUCACACUUUUAGGAUUUGCUGCUACCACUACAUUGACCAUUACGUCACAUUCGUUAACAUCAUUAAUAGUAUUAUCGGCCCUGUUAGGACUGUUCUCAGGUGGUUAUUUUGGUCUUCAUAUGGCAGUAGUUGCCCACUACCUUAAAAGAUCCCAGAUCCCAGUUGGUUUUGGAAUGAUAGUAGCAGCAAAUGGUGUCUCGUCAACCGCUGGGGUUCCACUCGCUGGUCUGGUGUCUGAUGCAUUCGAUGGUGAAAAAGGCUCGUUUGUGUUUGGAGGUUGCGUGAUGUUCAUCGCCGCUCUGGUUUUAUCCGUCAACAUGGUGAAAGAGUUCUUUGUGCGAUGGACUUCUGAUGUCGAAGCUAAAGAUGAAUAUAACGUUGAAGUUCACUAUGAAAAUGAAAUAACACACUUAUAG